UGCGUUUGGUCAGAUGACUCUUGACUCUCGCUGUUCUCAUCACCUGUAAUUCGCCUGGAUAAUAUCUCAGGUGCGGCUUUUUUUUUUUUUUUUUUUUUUUUUUUCAUUGAAGAGUCGUCGUUGUCACAAAGACCGGUCGCUUCUCUUCAUCUGCUGCAGCAGUGCUGGCACAAAGCUAUGGCACAGAGCUUGGUAGAUCCUAGUAGACCGCCGGGACACCGGAUGACCACCGUUCUUCCACCUGUCAGAUGUUUAUCGAGAUCGUCCUUGUCUGUAUAUGGUCGUGAUGGAGGCCAGGCUCCGUCGUCGUUGGCAUUAAGCUCUUGGCAUGAUCAACCUCGUCGGUGCAGAAGAAGGUCGGACGAUCCUAGCAGACCGCCGGGACAUCGGAUGGCCACCGUUCUUCCACCUGUCAGAUGUUAUUCGAGAUCGUCCUCGUCUGUAUAUGGUCGUGAUGGAGGCCAGGUUCGGUCGUCGUUGGCAUUAAGCUCUUGGCACGAUCAACGUCGUCAGUGCAGAAGAAGCUCCGAGUACUCUGUCUACGCUGGGCAGAAAAAUGACAGUCCAAAGUGGUUGUCUUCUUCCAAGAUGGGCAAUCGCCGCCCCUUCUGCUUCUGUGGACAUUCGCAAGGGCUGAAGCGAUGUCAGCAAUCGCUAUCGUGGUCGAUGUCCCCUCUACUUCGGCGAAGUAGUCAAGUGAAUGUUCUGCAGACAUUCACUGUCAAUCGGGUCUGCAUUCGCCUAACAGGUUCUUCUGAACGUAUCAGGAAAUGGAGGAACAACAGAAGGCGAGAGAGAGAGGGAUAACAAAUCGCGAGGAACAACAGAAGGCGAGAGAGAGAGGGAUAACAAAUCGCAGGAUCUCUU